AUGGGUGUACCGGCGCUGUUCAGAUGGCUCUCUAACAAGUACCCCAAGAUUAUCUCGUCCGUGAUCGAACACCUCCCCUAUGAGGUGCAUGGAGAAGAGAUCCCGGUGGACACAACAGGCCCGAAUCCCAAUGGAGAAGAGAUGGACAAUCUAUAUCUGGACAUGAAUGGUAUCGUCCAUCCAUGUACUCAUCCAGAGGGAAAGCCGCCGCCGGCCAACGAGCAGGAGAUGAUGUUGGAGAUUUUCAAGUACACUGAUCGGGUGGUGAACAUGGUUCGCCCAAGGAAGGUUCUGAUGAUUGCUGUUGAUGGUGUCGCUCCCCGUGCAAAGAUGAACCAGCAGCGUGCUCGUCGAUUCCGUUCCGCGCAGGAGGCCAAAGAGGCAGACGAGAAGAAGCAGGAGUUCCAGAAAAUGCUCGCGAAACAGAACGCCGGCAAGGGUGAUUAUGCGCUCGAGGAGGAAGUCAUUAAGAAGACAUGGGAUAGUAAUGUCAUUACGCCCGGAACUCCGUUCAUGGAUAUCCUCGCUGCAGCUCUGCGCUACUGGAUUGCCUACAAGUUGAACACGGAUCCCGCUUGGGAGAAGCUCAAAAUUAUCAUUUCCGAUGCUACUGUGCCAGGAGAAGGAGAGCAUAAGAUCAUGGAAUUUGUUCGAUCCCAACGGGCGGCUCCUGAACAUGACCCUAACACUCGCCACGUUAUAUAUGGUCUGGAUGCGGACUUGAUUAUGCUGGGUCUCGCUACCCACGAGCCUCAUUUCCGGGUUUUGCGUGAAGAUGUAUUCUUCCAAGAGUCCAAGCCGAGGACUUGCCACCUUUGCGGUCAACCGGGCCACAAAGCUGAAGAGUGCAGAGGCCAAGCAAAGGAGAAAAACGGUGAAUUUGAUGAGAAAGAAAAAGGCAAUUCACUCAAGCCAUUCAUCUGGCUCAAUGUCUCUAUCCUUCGGGAAUACCUUGCUGCGGAGCUGUAUGUCCCCCAACAGGGUUUUCCCUUUGACCUUGAACGAGCACUGGAUGACUGGGUGUUCAUGUGUUUCUUCGUCGGAAACGAUUUCCUUCCGCAUCUCCCAUCACUAGACAUUCGCGAGAAUGGAAUCGAUACGCUCAUAGCAAUUUGGCGCGAUAACAUCCCCGCUAUGGGUGGCUAUCUGACUGAAGAUGGUCACGUUGAUUUCAGGAAAGCGCAGCUCAUUAUGCAAGGUCUUGCCAAACAGGAAGACGCCAUUUUCCGUCGUCGCCGACAGGCUGAGGAGCGAAAGGCUGCAAAUGAAAAGAGGCGGAAACAAGAGGCUGAGGAGCGUUCAAGGAAAAAGAGGAAGAGCUCACCUAGUUACGAUUCUUCCAACCGGUCUCGAGGGGGUGGAGAUGCGGCACCUCCGAAUGGCCUGGAACUCAUUACACCUGCGCGAGGAGAGCUGACGAGGGAGGCAAGAGAACUAACCCACAACAUGGUGGUCAAUCGCGGCGCGGUAUACAAGGCCAAUAUGGCCAACAAGAGCGCCGCAGCAGUCCUCAAGAGCAAGCUUAUGGGCGGCGCGCAAGAAACCCCGGCCGAAACUUCCGAGGAGGCCACAUCAAACGGCGAAGAAAUUUCCAAUGGCGCGGAACCGACAUCUCCAUCAGUCCUCGGGAAGAGGAAGGCUGGCGAGGAAGAACAAGAAGCAGGAGCGGAGACACCAAGCAAAGCCGCAGAGCAGCCCAAGGAUGAUGGGCUACCGCCCGAUACUGUCCGACUAUGGGAGCCAGGUUAUGCUGAUCGCUACUAUGAACAAAAGUUCGGGGUCAACCCUGAAGACAAGGCAUUCCGCCGCAAAGUGGCCAGAUCGUAUGCGGAAGGUCUAGCCUGGGUACUGCUAUAUUAUUUCCAAGGAUGCCCGUCCUGGACUUGGUAUUACCCUUACCACUAUGCGCCGUUUGCAGCCGACUUUGACGACAUCGCCGACAUGGAAACAUCGUUCGACAAGGGAACGCCCUUUAAACCAUUUGAACAAUUGAUGGGAGUCCUCCCGGCUUCCUCCAACCACGCUAUCCCGAAGAUCUUCCACGACCUCAUGAGCGACCCUAAUAGUGAGAUUAUCGACUUUUAUCCAGAGGAUUUUGCGGUGGACUUGAACGGCAAAAAGUUUGCCUGGCAGGGUGUGGUACUACUCCCAUUCAUUGACGAAAAUCGUUUACUCGCUGCCAUGGAAAAGAGAUAUCCUCUUCUAUCCGAGGAUGAGAAAAUCCGGAACACCAUGGGUCAUGAUGUUCUCCUGUUGUCGGAUGGCCACCCCUUGUAUCAGGACUUGGUUGCGAACUUUUACUCGAAGAAGCCGGGCCCUGAAAAGUUCAAGCUGAACAUGCGUUCCAGUGAGGGGUUGGCUGGAAAGGUCGAGCGCAAUGAGUCUUAUAUCCCACACAGCGCUUUGGUCUCGGACUUGGAGCAAUAUGGCAUGCCGAGUUUGGACCAAGAUCGAUCUCUAACGGUCAACUAUGAAAUUCCUAAGUCGACGCACAUCCACAAAUCGAUGCUCCUCCGGGGUGUCAAAUUUCCACCACCGGCGCUGGACAAUGCGGACAUCCAAGCUGUCAAGUCCAGGGCGCAACACUCAGGCCGUUCGUUUGGCGGCGCGCCAUUCCGCGGCGGCGGUCGAGGCGGUCGUAUGGAUUAUGGGUCGUCCCACCGACCAAACCCAUUUGCGGCGCAUCUUGAUCCCAGCUUUGUACCCCCACCCGCUGGAAUGCCGUCUAUGCCGAUGCCUUCGGGCUGGGUUCCCCCGGUUCCUGGUGCAGGGAACUUUUCUAGAGGGCCGCCUCCGCCUCCCCGUGGAGGAUCCAACUCUUACUACCCGCCUUACGGCGGAGCACCUCAACAAGGUUACCCACCACAGGGAUACGGCCAGUAUGACUAUUACGGCAGACAAAACCAGGGAUAUGGAAAUAUCUAUGGCCAGAACGGAAGACAGUCUGGCUACGGCGGUGGUGACUACAGAGGAGGUGGAGGUUACCGAGGAGACAGAGGGGGAUAUCGUGGUCCGCCUCGCGGUGGACGUGAUCACUUUCCUUCUAGGGGUUCCGGUGGUGGUUAUGGUCGCUAUUAA